AUGCCGACGCACACACAUACACGCACUGGGACCUACAUAAACGCAAACCGAACGCAGUCAAGACACAGACUCACGCGCGCGCAGGGAGCAGGACGUCAACCUCUCCACAAGUCCACGGACAAUCAUGGAACACGUGUAGCAGCCAAACUGCGGAGAAAACACGUUACCGCCGUCCGAACUUUUACCAAGGAACUCUCACAUACGAUAAGUUCCUUUUUGACUUGCUCCCAUUUCGCAUUACUGCGCGACCAUGGCGUUGUUAUCAACGCACAAAAAUAUAUUUUUGGCGUGCCCACAUUAAAUUUUCUUGGACAUACGGUUAAUCAGGAUGGUAUAUCGCCUACUGAUGAUAAACUCGAUGCCAUCCGAAAUUUUCCUCUACCCACCUCAUUUAAACAACUUAAGCGUUUUUUGGGUAUGAUAAAUUUCUACAGACGCUUUAUUCCCAAGGCUGCAUCAUUGUUAGCACCACGCACCAAUCUCAUAUCCGGAAAACCAAAAACGUCUCAUUUGACCGACUCCGCUAUUUCUGCUUUUGAGCAAGUCAAAGCUUCUUUAGCGAAUUCUUUCAAGUUGUUUUAUUUACAACCCAACUCUGUAUUGUCACUUAAUAUGGACACCUCCAAUGACUCUGUGCUGUUUUACAGCAAACUACUAACAACACCCAUCAACCCCUGGCAUUUUUCUCUUAUAAGCUGUCGCCAACCGAGUCCCGUUUCAGCACAUUUGGUUGUGAACUGCUCGCUAUUUACCCAUCCAUCCGUCACUUCCGACACUUACUGGAAGUCAUCAACUCCCCUAUUACCUCAGCCAAAUAUCAAUUCCGUGUCUGUCCAUCUUCCAUCGUUCUGGAACUGCUUCAUGCACCCACUCGCUUCAUCAGCAAUGCGCUGGCAAUUUUUUUUCAUGGUCUACAUUACAUUUCAAACCCGACGGACACUCAUCUCUGAAACUCUUUAUCCAAAUUUCUUAUGGCGAAUAUGGACAAAGACAUGCGUUCAUGGACAAGACAUUGUCCAUAAUGUCAACGUUCAAAGAUACUUCGCCAUACUCCCUCACACAUUGGUACCUUUCCCACUUCGGACUACCGACUCGACCAUGCGCACUCGAUACUGUUGGAGCUCUCCCGCAAAUAUUUUUCUUUCGCUGGAGGGGGAGUAG